GCCGCCUCUGCCGGCGCCUUCGAGCUCUACGUCUGCAACGUGGGCGACGCCGACUGCACCGCCUCCUUCUCCUUCCCGCGCUCGGCGCGGCUCCGCCUCUUCCGGGGCGCGCCCGCCGCCAUCCACGAGGUGCAGGCCGCGCUCGCCGCCCUCGCCGCCUUCUGAGCACCGCCGCCGGACACGUCACCGCACGCCACGGACGCGUGUGUUGACGGACGCGCUCAUGGACGCGCUCAUGAUGCCUUCGUGGGCCAAUGGCGGGCGGUGGGUGGGCGGGGCGUCGCGCCCGUCGCCUCUCCGCCACCUUGCAGCGGCGGCGCGCAGGGCUGGAGGGGCGGCGGUGGCGCUUGACGGAACUCGGGGUGGUUUCGGGGUGGCUUCGGCCAACUGCAGCGCCCCGCCGGAGGCGCCACAUUCUUGGGCCAUGCGCAUGUGGAGGGAGCUUGGGGGAGCGCGCCGUGCACUGCACACCGCGCGAUCUCGGUUCGGCAUCGGGGCUGUCCCCAGCAAUCCGGCAGGCCAGGUGGAGCCGAAAGAGAGGGGAGUUAGUCGAGAGAGAGCUCGUUUGGAGGUUACUUUAUUAGGUGUGUGAGAGUUUCUUAUACGGCGAGGGUCAA